CUCCGGCAGCCGUGCUGGUCUCGCUCGGUAACGGUUUCACCGGUAAAAAAAACAACCAGGAGCUCAGCGCGGAGUCCGUCCGCUCCUCCUGCUCCUCUCUGCGGCCUGUCGGGACCGGAGCUGGGACCGGGGCUGGGACCGGAGCUGGGACCGGAGCUGAGACCGGAGCUGGGACCGCUGCGUCCCCGGAGGACGGAUGUAAUUCCGGUACCGAGCUGCGGAGCCUCGAACAUCCUCCCGGUGAAGGAAAGUGACGUGUGUUUUUUUUGUUUUUGUUUUUUUAAUCGGUAGAAUUUGAUUUAUUGUUUAUCAAUGACGUCAUCAAGAAGACGCAGCUGAUGCUGAUGUUCGACCUGAGCUCCGGGAUGAGCGGAACCGGACCUUCCCCUCACUUCUGACCGGGCUGUGGGGGCGGGGAGGAGGCGGGAGAGGGGGUGGUGACCGCAGGAGGAGCAGUGGCUGACGCGUGAGUGGACGAUGUGAUGAUGGGCUCAGUGUUCGGUUUCCUGUGGCUGCUCGCCGGCUUCCUGCGGGGCGUGUCCGGCCAGGGCGUGUACGCGCCUCCUACAGUACGGAUUGUUCACUCAGCUCAGGCCUGUCAUGUGGAGGAGGAGCGUUACAGCGAGAGAGUUUACACUAUCAGAGAGGGAGGGACGCUGGAGCUGCAGUGUCUCAUCACAGGACACCCACGCCCACAGAUUGGUUGGACUAAGACAGCGGGCGGAGCUUCAGAGCGACAGGGCGACUCCUCUUUGUUCAAUGACACUCUGAGGAUAGAAAAUAUCAACCGCCACCAGGGGGGGCGCUAUUACUGUAAGGCUGAGAAUGGAUUGGGAUCACCUGCUAUUCGCUCUAUACGAGUGGACGUCUACUACCUGGACGAGCCUCAGAUCUCGGUGCAUCACAGCGUUGGAGAGACUAAAGAACAUUUCUACUUUGAGAGGACGGUGUUUCUUCGCUGUGUUGCCAACUCUAACCCUCCUGUCCACUACAGCUGGAGGAGAGGUCGCGACCUCCUGACCCAGAGCUCUGACACUGGGGUAGAAAUCUAUGAACCGCUCUUUACUCAGGGAGAGACAAAGAUCCUGAAGCUGAAGAAUCUUCGUCCUCAGGAUUACGCUGACUACACCUGUAUUGCAUCCAUCAGGAGUGUCUGUGGCAUCAGAGACAAGAGCGCCCACUUCAGGCUGGACAACAGAACAGCUCCGCCUUCUAUCAAACUCCUCAUGGACGACCCCCUUGUGGUGAAUCCAGGGGAAACGCUCACUCUGGUGUGUGUGGCUUCCGCUGGAGACCCGCCCCCAACUUUGUCGUGGAUGAAGCACGGGGAGGAGGAGCUCCCACAGAGGGGUGUGUCCAGUGGUGGCACGCUGACCGUCCCCGCUGUCACUACUGAUGACGGCGGCAUCUACAUCUGUGAGGCGUUCAAUAACGUGGGAAACCCCGCCAAGAAAUCUGUCAGCGUACUGGUCCGAGGUCUUCGUAAAGGUCGGUUCUGGAUCACUCCGGACCCGUACCACAACGACGACAACAUCCAGAUCGGUCGGGAGGUGAAGAUCAGCUGCCAGGUGGAGGCCACGCCCCCGGAGGAGCUGCAGUUCAGCUGGCUGAAGAACGGCCGGCCUCUGCGCAGCUCCGAGCGCAUGGUCAUCACGCACACCGACGCCGACGUCUCGCCGGGAACCACCAACCUCGACAUCAUCGACCUGAAGUUCACAGACUUUGGCACGUACACGUGCGUGGCGUCGCUGCGGAGCGGAGGAAGUCCCGACAUCAGCAUCGACGUCAACAUCUCGUCCACCACAGUUCCUCCAGAACUGUCUGUUCCCAGGGGGCGCUCUCACCUCAUCACUCAGGAGGGCGACACCGUGGACCUGCAGUGUCUGGUCUCAGGGAAACCCAAACCCAUCAUCCUCUGGUCUCGUGUGGAGGAGGGCGGGGCGACGGCGGCGACGAUGGCGGAGAGUUACGACGGCGUCCUGAGGAUCAACAACGUGAGCAGAGACAUGAGCGGCGCGUACAGGUGUCACACGAGUCAGUACAACGGCUUCAACGUGAAACCACGACAGGCUCUCAUUACACUGGUGGUGCAGUAUCCUCCGGUGGUGGAGCCCGUCUCCAUGGAGAUCCGCCAGGCGCUUGGCCGCGCCUUCAGCCUCACCUGCCGCCUGCUGCGAGCUCACCCCGCCCGCCUCCUGCACUACGAGUGGAAGCUGGGGUCCCGCCUCCUGACGGUGGGCGAGCUGAGCGAGCAGAGCGACGACACGGUUUACCACGUACGCGCUCUGAACCGCGAGGGCUACGGCGAGUACACCUGUGACAUCACCAACGAGGCGGGAGCAGGACGCUGCUCCUUCAUGGUCACAGGAAAGGCCUACGCUCCAGAGUUCUACUACGACACGUACGGCGCUCUGUGGCAGAACCGUCCCCGCGUCUACGGCUUUAAGCUUCAGUGGACUCAGAUGGACCCGGGAGGCGUGGACCGGGUCCUGGCCUACAGACUCGGCAUCAGACAGGUGGGUCAGUCUCGCUGGUGGGAGCAGGAGAUUCCCAUCGAGGGAACCGUCCACAAGGGGGAGCUGUUGACCUAUAACCUGACGGAGCUGGUCACACCUGAGUCUUACCUGGUCCGCCUCACGCCCAUCACACGCUACGGAGAAGGAGACGCCACUGAACGCAUCAUCACUUACAGAGCUCCUGUUAACCCACAUCUCAGGCAGUUCCAGUGUGGUUUCGAGGACGAGGCGUUGUGUUUGUUCACUCAGGACAAAAGUGAUGAGUUUGACUGGACACGUCACAGCUCGACCACCAGAGACACGAAAUACACGUCCAACACUGGACCCAGCGCUGACCACAGCGGCUCCAAACAGGGUUUCUUCAUGUACAUCGAGACGUCGAGGCCGCGGCUGCAGGGAGACAAAGCUCGACUGUUCUCACCGACCUUUGACCUGGACAACAAGAGCAACAGCCCCCCCUACUGUCUGACCUUCUAUUACCACAUGUACGGGAAACACAUAGGAACUCUGAACGUGUUCCUGCGUCUCAAAGGUUCAACAGUGACUGACACAUCUGUCUGGAGUCUGAGUGGUAACCAAGGGAACCGCUGGAGACAAGCCACGGUCAACAUCCACCCGAGCUCCGCCUUCCAGAUCGUGAUGGAGGGAGUUCGUGGUUCUGGUGUCGAGGGUGACAUCGCCAUCGAUGAUGUCACCAUCGAGGAGGGCGAAUGUAAAGACCCGCCUCCCAACAAUCUAAGGUCACUCGCCCCGCCUUCUUCACCUCCAAUAUGGCAGCUGUUUUUCACUCUGUGUCUGGCCCUGAUUGGCCAGCAGAGGUGACCCCGCCCACUCCUCCCUGUACCACACCUCUACCUUAAACUGCCCCCCC